AUGGCUGAGAAUGGAGGCCGAGAGCCUCAAAUGAUGCACCACCUGCAUCAACGCCAGUCAUCCCGUGGGCUAUUCUCCCCCGAAGUCGUUGAUCUUGUGCUACCGCCUCUGAAGUUUGGUGGUUACGCUGGAACUGCUGGUGUUCUGGCUGGUGUUGGAGGCUCAAUUUUUAAAGAGGCAAACCCUAUAAUUUGGGGUGCGGUUUCUGGCUUCCAAUGGUUCACUUUAGGGACAAGUUUCUGGUGUAUUGUUCUAAAAGCAUGGGGCGGUGAGGAAAGACUCAAAAACUCCGAAAAGACAAUGGCCAGCGCAAUAUCUGGUACAGCAGCAGGCGCCGUUGGUGGCUUGAUCCGAGGACCUAAGAAUAUUCUACCCGCCAUGUUUGUCUGGACAACAGUAGGAGCUGUUGGGCAGAUAAUAGCGAACCGAAUGGCAGUUCGCAAACCCAAAGUGGAUGAUGAGAAGGAAGGAUUCCUCACGCGGUGGACUCCGCUCAAGAAGCUCACAGACCAGGAGUAUAAGGAUAUGAUGUUCGAAAAGAUGCUGCGGAUAGAUGCUGAUAUUGCACUGAUCGAUGAACGUAUUGUUGAACUACGGCAACAAGCCCAAGAGGAAUCUAAAAAUAAGCCUUCGACGCAAUAA